UUUUUGCAUUUAAUAAACUGAUUUUGAAGUCCAACUAGAGUUUGGCAAAAUGAGGUUUUCGUUCAAAUAAUUGGACUUUCCAUUUCCUUUUAGCUUUGGAUAACUGUUCCUCAUCAAAGUUCAAAAUAUGCUAGGAAUGAUCAUGACCUUUUUGUUCCACUCGUUCUAGUCAUUGACAUGGUUGUUUUGACCAUGUCAACCCUUUGUCCGCUUUUUUGAAUCAUCGAUCAAGCGGCUAAAUAAAUAUUUUUUAGAAAUUUCUAUCCGAAAACGUGAAAUGUUAAUGAAAGGGAACAAAAAAAGGAUCUUUCACAUUGAUAAUGAUUUUACUCAGCCUAAUUUUCCUUGAUGUUAUUUCUUUUAAUUUUUCUUGGUCCCAUUGUAUAGUCAUAUGUGGUGUACUUGGGAGGUCAUUCACAUGGAAAAGAAGCCACACAAAUUGAUUAUGAUAGAGUCACUCAGUCUCAUUAUGACUUUCUUGGGUCAUUCUUGGGAAGUUCGGAUAAGGCCAAAGCUGCUAUUUUUUACUCUUACACUCGACACAUCAAUGGAUUUGCUGCAACUCUCGAAGAAAAUGAAGCAGAUCAAAUAUCCAAGCAUCCAGAAGUUAUAUCUAUAUUCUUGAAUCAAGCAAGAAAGUUACACACGACGAGGUCGUGGAAUUUUCUCGGUCUCGAAAACGAUGGAAAAAUUCCAUCCGACUCUUUGUGGAUGAAGGCUAAGUUGGGUGAAGAUGUCAUCAUCGGCAAUAUCGACACGGGCGUGUGGCCAGAAUCGAAAAGCUUUAGCGACGACAUAAUAAAUAGUCCGAUUCCAUCAAAGUGGAAAGGAGAGUGCUCAAAUGAAUUCGAUCCCAAUUUUCGAUGCAACAGGAAGCUGAUCGUGCCCGCUACUUAUCCAAGGGGUACGUCGCGGCCGGGGGACACCUCAACUCAAGCGACUACACGCCGCGCGACAAUAAGGGCCACGGGACCCACACCCUGUCGACAGCUGGCGGCAACUUUGUUCCUGGGGCCAACAUAUUCGGCUACGGAAACGGCACCGCCAAGGGUGGGUCCCCCAUGGCCCGCGUGGCAGCCUACAAGGUCUGUUGGCCCGUCAUCGAAAAAGGAGGGUGCUUUGAUGCUGACAUCAUUGCGGGCUUCGACAUGGCAAUCCACGAUGGGUUGACGUGAUCUCGGCUUCUAUCGGUGGUGAUGUCGCUGAACAAUAUUUUGCAAACAGUGUUGCCAUUGGGUCGUUUCACGUAGUGAGUCAUGGGAUCGUGGUCGUUUGCUCGGCAGGAAAUUCGGGGUCAAAUCUGGGUGCGGUUUCAAACAAUGCGCCUUGGAUGAUCACGGUUGGUGCAAGCACCAUGGAUCGAACAUUUUCUAGCUAUUUAAUAUUAGGGAACGAGAAAUACGAGGGACAAAGCCUUUAAAUAAAAUAUCUUCCAGAGGGAAAGCGGUUCCACAUAAUUUAUGCCAAAUAUGCAAAUGCCACUAACGUAACAGCGGAACAAGCGGAGUUGUGUGAACCUAAUUCUCUGGAUGCUAAUAAGGUGAGAGGGAAGAUCUUGGUUUGUCUAAGGGGAAUCACUGCAAGGGUCGACAAGGGCAGGCAAGCCGCCUUAGCUGGUGCUGUGGGAAUGGUUUUAGCAAACGAUGAGGCCUCUGGGAAUGACAUCAAAGCCGAAGCUCAUGUCUUGCCAGCUACACAUAUCAGUUACAAAGAUGGAGUUGCUCUCUUAACUCAAAUGAAUAAAACAAGGUCUCCCAAGGCUCGUAUCACCAAACCAAUAACUCGUUUAGACGUAAAGCCAGCGCCAGUAAUGGCAGCUUUUUCAUCGCAAGGGCCGAAUCUCGUUAUGUCGAAAAUUCUCAAGCCGGAUAUCAUGGCACCAGGAGUUAGUAUCAUAGCCGCAUAUACCGGAGCGGUUGGACCGACAGGCCAAGACUUUGACAAGCAACGUCUGCCGUUCAAUUCUAUGUCGGGUACUUCAAUGUCUUGCCCACACGUUGCUGGGGUCGUCGCCCUUUUGAAGAAGCUCUACCCAAAAUGGAGCCCGGCUGCCAUUAAGUCUGCCAUCAUGACCACUGCAAGUACACUCGACAACACUUGGAACUCAAUCACCAACAGCAGCAACUCGACAGCUACGCCGUUCAAUUACGGAGGAGGACACAUUGAUCCGAACCGCGCAAUGGACCCUGGACUCGUUUACGAUUUACAAACAACAUAUUACCUCAACUUGUUAUGCGCAAUCGGUUAUAACCAAACGCAGAUUAAGUUGUUCUGGAAAAAAUCAUUCACUUGUCCCAAGCCGGAUAUUAGACUCAUCGGCUUCAACUACCCCUCGGUCACUGUUCCCUUCCUCAAGCGCCCAGUCACCGUGACAAAGAAGCCCAGAUGGAAUAUCAGUAAAAGUCGAACCGGAUGA